UAUAAAUUUUGAAAUAAAUAAAAGCUCUAGAUAUGGAAUAAAUUUAAUGCAAGUUUCUCGAAAAAGUAAGAAGAUCAUGCUCGAAGUCUAUAUAAAAACUGUGACAGUUGCAAAGUAAAUGAGGUUGAAAAUGAUCAAUAAAUAUAACCCCUGCCGCUUAAAGAAGCGUUAUCCCUUUAGCCGAUCAGCCGCGACGUAAAUCACGACGUGAAAAGAAGAAAUUAAAAGAAGGAAAACGAAACAAAAUAAAACAAAAAAAGAACAAGACAAAAAAAAGAAGGAGGAGGAAAAUGAGGAAGUGGAAAGAUCGAUAGAAGAAAUAACGAACGCAUAUAAUAAUACGUAUUACGUAUAAUGGUGAAUAUAAGUGUAGGUGUAGGUGUAGAUGUAGGUAUCACACUUAUCGAUCUUAUCGAUGUCCUUCGUAGAAAGAUCAUACAAUUCCUGGUCAGCAGAAACAUCCGUUUGAGAAAGAUAACUGCAUAGUUAACAUUAUUUGUUUCUUCUUUUCGUCUUUUUUUUUUUUUUUUUUUUUUUCAAUAUAUUUAUUUCGUGUUCUCGUUUUACGAAGUGUCGCUAUCAAUGAGACACACAAUUACGAGCGAAAAGUUACGUUCAAUAACGUAAUAGAAUUUCACGUCUUCUCUCUACACGAAUAUUACGUGAUACUACAUCUCUGUCAAUGAUAUGUUUUCUACGUACGAGAUAGACGAAGAGCACGCGCACGAAAAUAGAAAAGAACAAAACUUGAUAUCAAAACUUCAAAAGAAAAAAGGAAAAUCUCUUUGAUGAUCGAUGCGGAUUUCUUAUCGUAUUAUGAUCAACCCUAUUGUUAAGUGAUGUAUGUGAAGAGUUAAAAUAUGCCAUUGUAUUUAAUCGUUCUAUUAAUAUGGAGUUUUACGAUACAAGAAAGAUCAUGUAUCAAAUUAAAGAGAAUAGCUUUACGACCGUCCAACAUAUUGGACGAUUACUAUGCUUAUCGGCAUAUUUCGAUUAUUCAUUUCGAUGUACCAGAGUAUACGAUUACCGCGGGAUUCAAAUUUACAAUAAAAGAAGAAAAAACCGGCGGAAUAGGUAAAUGUUCUCCGAGAUAUGUUUCAUUGUACUUGAAAUCCGGUAGUCUACCAUUAGUUAGUCCAGAUGGAUCGAUUAUCGAGGCAAAACUUAUAAAACGAAGACGCAAAUACUAUCCUUUAAAUAUGCAAAGCAAUGGUGACGAACAUAUGAUCAAUAUCGAUUCUCCAAUACCAGGUGACUGGUAUGUAAUAGCUUUUCGAUCUUGGACCGAUCCUAAUAGCGACAAGAUCAAGCAACAAGGUCUCGGUGCAUCAUGUGAUACCGUACUCGAUGCUGAGUUGUUAAUAGAGAUGCCAUCUAUGGUAUCCUUAAUAGAUUUUAAUAACGAAUAUGAAAUCGAAUUAAACAGAAGUAAAAAUACUUUUGUCGGCCACAUUUUUAUGCCAGAUGAUUUAUUAAACGUGGUACUUGCAUUGAAUCAAUCAUAUGAAAACAAUUGUAAAUUUGCAAUUCAUGUUGUUGCACAGGAACAUCUUAUAGGGACGAUCGUUAAUGACACUGAUGUCUUGUUGUCCUUCAAACCUUAUUCAAGAUCAUUACAUUACAUUACGCUACGUUUAAUAUCCGGAAAUAUGUCGAAAAUAUCUUUACGUUUUGAAAACAAUACUUCUUCAUUCAUUGAUUUCAAUCAAGUUAAAAGCAUAAGUUUGAUACGAAAAUCAUUGCCGGAAUUCUUUGUAUUCGAUUAUGAACAUCGUGGUGAAAAUGAUACGAAAUCUAUGCCUUUCAAUCUCACAAGCGAUGGUAUUACCGUCCUUGACUUCGAGAUUGCCCGUGUUUACGAUGUUGGUGGUACAGUGACAGUGGGUAUAAAAAUGCUCAACGUGGAUAAAAAGGAUCAAAAGAAUAUUUUCAUCGUAGCUUGCAUUACCUUGGGAUAUUACUCAAAUAUCACAGCCGGUGGAAGUUGCAUACGGGCAUGGAACGUAACCGGUGCAGAUAUAUACGUGAACGAGACAGGUCCUGGUUUGGUUCAUAUACCAUUUCCCGAACCUGGAAGGUGGUACGUCAGUUUAAAAUCAUUUUGCAUCGAUGGAAAAUGUAAUUGCGCUGAGAAUUGUUUGAACGGUACCAUCUGUAAAGAAUGCGAAUGUAUGAAACCGUGUUCUGUUGAAAUAGAGAGCAGUAUAUCAUCGUCGCCUUGCAUCGAAGGACGUUGUAAUUCACAUGGCAAAUGUAUGCACUAUAUGAGCGGUGGUUUCGUUUUUUCAGCGUGUUACUGUACAGAAGGAUAUCGUGGUUUUGAUUGCGCUGACGGAACUUACGUUCUCGGUAAUAAAGACAUACUCGUACGUUUGUUAAUGUUAACCAUCAGUAAUCUUGCUUUUAUUGGUUCGAUAUAUCUGGCGAUACGUCGAGAAUAUUUUACAGAAGCAAUCGUUUACACCGCCGUUAUGUUCUUUUCGACAUUUUAUCAUGCUUGCGAAGCCGGAGAGAACGUCUAUAGUAUUUGUAUAAUGCGAUUGAGCGUAUUACAAUUUUGUGAUUUCUUCAACGCUCUUCUUUCGAUUUGGGUUACAUUGGUAGCCAUGGCCUCCUUUGGACCAAAGCUUACAGCAUUUUUCCAGAUCAUGGGUGCUAUUGUUCUUGCUAUGAGCUCAGAAAUGGAUCGUACGGCUCUCUGGGUAUUCCUUUUACCCGCCAUUACUGGAUCCUCUUUGAUUGGAGUUUCUUGGGGACUUAGAUGUAAAAGAAGGAAAACUGUCCGAUAUCCUUCGCGCGUGUACAGAACCAUCUUCUUUCCGGCGGGCCUUCUGAUAGUCUCUUUGGGUCUUGUUUGUUACGCCUUUUUACAAACACGUAGUAAUUAUCACAUUGUCCAUAGUUUAUGGCAUAUUUGUGUGGCUGUUGCGGUUAUGCUUUUAUUACCAAAAAGACAUUACAUGAAGUAA